AUGGCGACCGCGGGACGCGGCGUGGGGAGCGUGGCGUCGGGCGCACGAGCGACGGCAGGUGGCCGCGGUGACCGAACGGGGAAGGAAAGGGAAGAGAAAGAGAGGCCGGGGGCCUCACCGCGGGGCCGUAGGGACAGGGCAGCGGUGCUCGGGGAGGACGACGGGGACGGUUCGACGCCGGGGAGGAGUCCGGCGAGGAGGCGUGGUCGAGGCGGAGGACGAAGACGGGCGGCGGGGUCCAGCAGCGUCGAGGUGGGGCGUCGGGGUGGCGCCGGGGACGAGCGCCGGCGCCAGGGGCGCGGGGCGGCACCGGGCGGCGUCAGGCUCGGCGAGGCGGCGCCGGGCGUCGGCGAUGACGACGGGAUCGCGGGCGGCGCGUCCAGAUCGGGGAGAGGGGGGGCGCCGGCAGGGCGCAAGGCGAGGCGCGGGGCGACGUCGGGGCGAGGCGGGGAGGCGAGGUCGUCCGGUGAGGACCGGCGGCGGCGUGGGUGCAAGGCAUCGGGGGCGGCGCUUGCCACCGACGGGAUCCGCGCGGGGGAGGGAGAGAGAGGUGGGUGA